UUCCAGAUUCAGUCAUCCAUAUUUCUCAAAGCUAGCCCUAUGGUAACACAGGCAUGCAAGUGUCUCAAUAUCAAAGUGUACCUCAAUGCAGAGCCAAAAGAUGCCUCCAAUGUUGUUCCAGAUGAUGCACAAUGUCAUGUUUUCUUCACUCAGAAACUGUCAGAGGGACAGCUGAGCAUUGGUGGGAUAGUUCUUGAGCAUCGUUUGCUGACACAGAGUGUUGAACUGAAGAAUUGGAUUGUGUAUGAGUGCCUCAACUGUCAAAUGUUCACCCAUGCGACAAGAAAAUAUGAUGCCUCUGGAUUUGUGCUUCUUGGGUCAGAUUUGCUGAAAGGACCAGAGUUUUCCAGUAUAGAAGCAUCCAGUGGAUAUUCUCCUGUGUACAAAAUCAUCAUACCUGAGAAAGCUGGAAGUCAUGAUGUGGAACACAAGAAAAUUGGAGUAGAAAUGACUGGGGCAGUGAUGGAGCAUGGCCUUCAAGCACUAACUGAACAAUUAGAGAAGUACCUGAAAGUGGAAGAGUUGAAGAUGGAGGAUAGAAUUUUCAACUAUUCAUGCCAACAGAAAGCUUCCUUCAGGCAAUUGGAAGAAGUUGCCAAACAGGACAAGUCUCUCAUGUUGAGUCUUUACAUGUCAACGGUAACUAUGGAAGGACCAUUGGAGUCAAAAGGAGCAUCUGAAGUCCAGUUACUUGAUACCAGUCAGCAUCUCACGCCACCCAUGACACCUGAAGAAGCACACAGGAAUGAGGCAAUGGAGGAUGAUAUUCCACCUAGGAUGAUACAGUUUCCUAAAUCAGCUCCAGUUGCAUUCCCAAGCAUGAAUGUUGGAGGAAGACAUGGAAAUGGUGUAAAGAGGAAGAAUAAACAUCCUCCUCAAAGACUGGCUUGCUCUCUGGACACUGAAGGUGUCUUCAAUAUGGAUGAAAUGGAAGAUGAGAUCAUGCAGCCUGGCUACCCAUCAGAGGAAGACAUCAAUUAUGAAGAGGAGUGUACUGAAAGUACUCCAGGUCAUCAAACUGCAUUGCAUCAGCUGGGUACAUCUCUUCCUGUGAAUGUCCCAAUCAGAAAUGCAGCUGCUGUUCAUCAAGCGCAAGUAUUUGAACCUCAUGAAGAGGAGAUGAUUCCAGAGGAUCCUCGUGAUAUUGCAGCAUCGAUCCAGGCUAUUGCUCAAAGUGUUCAGGAGAACUCUGAGGAUGUCUUUGGUGCAUUACCCAGGCGUCGCCUCUCUUCCUUCCACAAAAAUCUUGGCUGAGGAUGGUUUCUCAUGGCCUCCUGUUUUUCCAUGGCUAACAUGGGUGCUUACUCUAUUUGUCUUCUGGAGUCUUUGUUUUCAACCUGUCUCAUGACAAGGUUAGAGAGUAGCAUGGGAUGAGUGAUAGGAUUGAUGGUAAAUGAGAAUGGCUCUUAUUGUGCAGAAGGUAUUGUUUUUUUCUUUUCGUUCUUGUGAUGAGCUGCUGCCUAAAGAGUGAGACUGGUAGCAAAUAUUUCUAUUUGUGCAAUGAUGUGAAUUCUCAAGGAUUUUGUGAGAUGAAUAAAGCUUUUUUGAAAACUGA